AUGGCCGCCUGUCCCGCCACCACCCGCGGCUCAUCUCCGGUUACCAUGACAACCCUCCCUCGGUUUCAGAUCUCUCCCCAUUGCUUCUACCUUCUUCUCAUAUCUUGCAUCUUCCUUGGUUCCAUUCCAGGUACUCUUUCAACAAAAACUGUUAGACUUAGAUCAAUUGAGAUUUUCGACACUCACGAGUGGCUGGCUUCUAGCGCGACGGUUUAUUUCCAUUGUAACGGAGAAAACAAAACCAUUCUGCCAGACGUUAAGGAGAAUCACUUCUUGUACACUUUCAAAGGCGAAGAGUCUUGGCAGCCACUAACAGAGUUAGACAACAAGAAAUGCAAGCGAUGUGGUCUGUAUGAAAUGGACAGUAUCAAAUCCGAUGAUAUAUUCGAUGAAUGGGAACUCUGCCCUGAUGAAUUCAUCAAUGGAGAAUAUGUGCACAUUAAGGACAUGGAAUUCAUUGCCACAUUCAUCUGCAAUGAGUGUAAACCUGUAGUUAAUUCAACUCAAGCUGUUGCAAAUAGGAGAGAUGAAGAGAAGAAAAUGAAUGUGACAAUGGUGGUCAUAAUUAGUGCCUUAGUCUCCAUUGCUGCAACUGCUAUAACUGUCACUGCUUAUAAAUAUUGGCAGAAGAGAAAGAGGGAACAAGAUCAAGCACGGUUUUUAAAGCUUUUCGACGAAGGUGAUGACAUUGAGGAUGAGCUCAGUCUAUGA